AUGGCCCAUAUUGGAGGAUCGGGUGAAAGAGGAGAAAAUUAUCAAUCGAAGCAGGGUAGUAUCAUCAUUCAAAGGUUAGGUCGAGUAACUGUUGUAACAAAUGAGGUAAGGCGAAUCUCUGUACAUUUGGUGAACUGCAUCGCUGAUGAAUGGCGUAAACAACGUUUACGGAUAAGCGUACUUGUAGCCGGUAAACAAAGAUGGAUCUAA